AUGCGUAGCUUCGGCGUUGCACUGGUGCUGGCACCGGCGCUAGCCGCUGUGUGUCUCGCCGACAACCUCGACAAGUACGGAGUGUUCACACCCAAGAAGAUCGCGCUGGGUUCCGCGCCGUCCAUGGACGGACAGACCUACUCGGGCGGCUUCACGCUCUCGUCAGACGCACCGCUGGCCACGCUUGACUACGACUACGAAGUGGCGGGCCGGCCGUACUUCGUCGUGUCCUCCGUCUCCAAUGGACCCGUAGACGUCGAAGUCAAGUACUCGGAGCAGUUUCCGGCGCUUUCGCUCAACUACUCGGAUGGUCCGUCGCAGUUCACCACGUCCAUCGCCAACUCGCGUCGCGUUGAGACUCACCGCUUCACGGACAGCGACGUCGGGGCAACGAUCACCUCCAUGCUCAGCCAGCCCGGUGAACGGUGGCAGUCACUGCGUCUGCUCACUGGCGACUCCAUCACGUUCGAGAAGGUCGGCCUUCAGGCCUCGAUCGAGGUGAUCGACGACCUCACCACUCUGCCGGGCAAGUUUUCAAGCUCGAACGCCAAGUACGACGAGAUCUGGAAGCUGGGUGCUCGUGCUAUCACCGCUGCCUGUUUGGAUGCCGGUAGCCAGCUGCCGUCCUGGAGCUCGUCCGAGGAGAACGGCACCUUCGUGCCUGGCACGCGUCCCGGUAUCUCCUACCGGACGUGGAACCUGACCAACUACGUGCUCAACUUUGAGUCGCAGAUCAUCCGCGGAGGCGCAGGAUAUACCAUUGCGUACGAUCUGACGGGCAACCGUGACGGCGUCCAGAUCCACCUGGCGUCCGAGUACCCGAGCGAUACGACGUACAUCAACACCAACACCACACUCUUCCCCGCCAACACUGCGACCCUCGCUUGGGGCUACGACUUUGCCAACGCUACGAGCAUGACAAGCUACAUCCUGGGCCAGUACAACGUGCCGUUCACCGUGAAGGAGAACGUCUGGUAUCCUGUCGAAAUCCGCGUCAACUCGACGGCCGGCAACAUUGUCUUCUCCAUCGACGGACAGCAAGUGUUCGACAUUGUGCUGACUGAAAUGGGCUUCACGGAUGACCAGCUCUCGUUCUACGGUUGGGCUUCGCGUGGUGAAGGCGCGAUCGGCUUCGGCGGUUGGCAGGACCAGGCCUCUUACGUGAAGAAUGUGACGGUCACGAGCCUCACGGACUCGUCCGAAGUGCUCUACUCGAACCCGAUGACGGAUGAGAGCGUGGUGGUGCCAGAAUUCGGUGGCCAGAGCAACACGUACGGCGCAUGUCUGGAUGGCGCCAAGCGCGAUCGGUACAUUUGGCUGGGCGACUUCUACCACACGACGCGCAUCAUGGGCGUUGCCAACUCCAAGCCUGAGCAGAUCACCGGCACGUGGGAGUUCCUGUUUGAGUACCAAGCGGACUAUGGCCAGCUUCCUGGCUUCGUCCCCAUUUCGUAUCAAUCGCCGAUGCCCACCCCUGAGGUCUUCCUCUUCAACUCUGGGACAGCCAAUGCCAACUACUACUUCCCGGACUACGUGAUCCUCGGCCUCAUCGGCUUGGAAUCGUACAUGGACUACUACGACGGUGUCGCCUUCGUCGAAGCCCACUGGGAAGAGUUGACUCGCGCCAUGACGUGGCUCGUGGGUUGCCAAGGAAGCAACGGACUCAUCGACCUGACGCCCUACACGGUGGUCUUCCUCGGGCCCGGAGCCGGUAUGGCUGUGAACGCUGCCGCUGUUCAGUGUCUUGAUGGCAUGGCCAGGGUGGCCCGUGCUGUAGGCGACUGGGAGUCCGCGAACGCGUGGGUCGAGACUGCUGCCAGCGUCAAGACCGCCAUCAACGAGCUGCUCUGGAACGAUACGCUGGGCAACUACGCAGUGGAUGUCUCGACUCCUGAUGUGUACGGCGUCUCGGCCACUGCGUUCGCUCUCACCUCUGGAGUAGCGAACGAGACUCAAGUCAAGCUGUGCGUGAAAGGUCUGGAGGGUCUGCGUCAAGGCCCCGGGUUCCUCGACUCGAGCUCCACGGCCAACACCACUGAAAUCUCCCCGAACACGAACGGGUUCCUGCUCGACGCUCUGCUGCAGCACGGAUACACGGACCAGGUCGUCUUCUUGCUGGACAACCUCUGGGACGCCAUGAUCUCGAACGAGUCCUACCGUACCGGGGCCAGUUGGGAGUACGUCGCGCAGUCUCUCGAGCCUGGAAUCGACUUUUUCACGUCGCUGAGCCACCCGUGGGGUGGUGCCCCCACCUACGCGCUGACCAACUACAUCGCCGGCAUUCGCCCGAUGGAGUUCGGCUUCCGCCGCUGGAUCGUGAACCCGCUGGUGACGGGGCUGAACAUGACCAGCGCUAGCGCCACGGUGAACACCCCGUACGGCUCCAUCAGCGCUGCUUGGGAGCUGGCCGACAACCAGCUCAGUGUGACGAUUACUGCGCCGGUGGGCACGGACGGCACUUUUGAGGUUGCUCAACCCAGUUCGUCGACGGGCAUCUACGAGCAGCACCUUGUCGGCACAGGCGAGGCCACCUCCAUCACCAUUCAGCUGUAA